AUGACGAAGAAUAACCUUGCCUCGCACCUCAAAUGGCUAGUGAAACAGGGACCUUCCUUGUACCCAUCGCUGUCCGGCGACGUCCCUCCCAUUGAGCCCGCGCGCCUUUCACAACAACCUACCCCCCAUCCGACGAAAAGCGAGUCCCUGGAUACAGCUUUGGAGGAACCAGACAAUGCGAUCCUACAGGGAAUGGCCAAAAGCAACCAACACUCCUUAUCAACGAGGAAGCCUCGAUUGUUGGAGCCACUCGACACGUGGGAAAAUAAAUCAUCCUUGAUCUCGAAAAAAAGAGCCCAAUGCCAAAUCCACCGCUCAAGGUUAGUAGAUCUGGGAGACGCUUUUGCGGAAGUCAUUGAGAGUAACUUUUUUAUAGGAGAAUCCAAAUCUCACCUGGGACCUCCAUCCGCGGUGAAGAAAAAUCAGUCAAAAGCUACCCCGCUUCGAUCCAACCUCAAGUACGAAGAUAUCGAAGCAAUUGACUUAACGGGCGAUCCGGAGAGGUUCCUUCCACAUUCGGCAACGAAGUCUGUGGAGCCGCAAGGGGAUGGACUCGCACCAGGCGGAAAAGGAGAGAAGCGUGGAAAGAAGCGAAAGAGCGACGAGUAUACUUCAGACCUUCUUUCUCCCUCAAAACACGCGACCAAAGUUCGAAAUCUCUCUAAGGUGGAUCGAUCUCCAUCUGCAAAGAAAGUUUUGACUGAACCGUUGUCAAAUACUCCCAACUCAUUAAGUUCAACGCCUUCCCAACAGGUGAUUGCCGAUUCAGACGAUGAAGACCCAUUCGAUAGUUGUUUCGAGGAGGAUGAUGUUGAUGGAAUGAUCCUAGACGACACGGGGCUCUAUCCAAAGCUUCCUCAAUUGAGCCCUUUGGAGAAUGAGACGGGCCCCGAAAGGGAUAUCCCGAAGCAAUCACGCAGGACACCUCCGCAAGAGGCUCCAAAGGACUUGAAAGCACUCGAAAGACCCUUGCAGCCUCCUCGAAGCUCACCAGAACUCAAAAUACCCAGUUCUCAACCGAAAGACAGUAAUGUUAUCAAGGCGAUGGCCCUCUCGGCCUCCUCUCUGGAAGAAUCGAUCGCGCAACUAAAGAACACGCUGAAGGUGAAUUCUGAAUUCGUCUAUGAAGAAGCCAUGCAGGGUCGUCAAGCGCCGGAAUUAAUAGUCGAAAACAAGAGCCUUGUGUCUCGUAUCGAAGCUAUUAAGGAAUUGCAGACCCAAAAGGCUGCUUACGAUGCGUGCAUGUCCCGCAAAGAAGGGUUCAAGCAGAAAUUGAUACAGGCUAUCUCACAAGGCUUAGACCCCUCAACAAUGCCUCAAGAAUUGGCCCAGAGCCGGGCAGUGGAAACAGAAUUGGAGCAAAUUGAAAAUCGAAUCCGUGAUCUCCUUCCUCGAGCUAAGAUAUUCGAUCUUGUCAAAGACUUAGGGACAGCGCAGAUUGAUUCACCAAUUGCCGAAGAGCAUGCCGCGCCGCGAGUAGCUCCAUUUCAGAGACAGUCGGAGAACUCUGCAGUCUCUCGAGACCCUGGCCCAAGCUCUUCAUGGUCUGCCCUUGCACCCAGAGAGUUACCACCAAAACAGCAGCUUUUUUCCAGUCCAAAGAAGGCUACUGAAAGCCGCGUCUCUCGAAAUAUGGGCUCACCUAUGAUCGAUUUCGACGACGACUUUGAUUGGAACGAUAGUGACGAUGAAAUGUUCGAAGUAGCUGGAAAGAUGAGCCAGCAUCAGCCAGCACCGAUUCAUGGACCAGCCAUUCAAGACCGCCCCGUGUUUGCCGAGACUUCUGGAAAUACAUCUCGCAUGCCGCCGCCGAAAAAGUCACCAGGACAUAGCCAGUUUUGGUCAAAUCAUCCUUGGUCCCAUGAUGUUAGGACUGUGCUGAAAGAUCGUUUUCAUCUUCGGGGCUUUCGCGCAAACCAGCUCGAAGCAAUUGAUGCAACGCUUGGCGGAAAGGAUACUUUCAUCCUAAUGCCGACCGGAGGUGGAAAGUCUCUGUGCUACCAGCUUCCCUCCGUCGUGACAAGCGGUCGUACCAAUGGCGUUACAAUUGUUAUUUCUCCCCUGCUUAGUUUGAUGGAGGACCAAGUCACUCACCUGCGGAAGUUGAAUAUCAACGCGUUUAUUGUGAAUGGCGAAACGGAAAAGACAGAACGAUCUCGGAUCUUGGCUGAGUUAUCAAAUGGAGGAAGUGAAAACAUGCAACUGUUAUACAUCACCCCUGAGAUGAUCAGCAAGAACCAGACCCUUGUGAAGGCGCUUGAAAAGCUUUAUCGAAGGAAGAAAUUCGCACGCCUGGUAGUCGACGAAGCGCAUUGUGUUAGUCAAUGGGGACACGACUUCAGGCCUGACUACAAAGAACUGGGCGAAAUUCGAGCCAGAUUCCCUGGCGUCCCUGUCAUGGCGCUGACUGCUACUGCUACAGAGAAUGUCAAAGUUGAUGUUAUGCACAAUCUCAAGAUGAGCGGUUGCGAGAUAUUUACGCAAAGUUUCAACCGUCCCAAUUUGACCUACGAAGUGAGGGCCAAAGGCAGGAAUGACGACGUUUUGGCUGACAUCGCCAACACUAUUACACGUGAUUAUCGCGGUCAAUGUGGCAUCGUUUACUGUCUGUCUCGUGCCACAUGUGAGGCGGUAGCCGAGAAACUUCAAGCAAAGUACAACAUCAAAGCCAAGCACUACCACGCUGCAAUGGAAUCACAAAUGAAAGCUGAAGUUCAGGAUGAGUGGCAGAGAGGCAACUGCCAUGUCAUUGUCGCGACUAUCGCUUUUGGAAUGGGAAUUGAUAAGCCCGAUGUGCGUUUUGUGAUCCAUCACAGUAUUCCGAAGAGCUUGGAAGGCUACUACCAGGAAACUGGACGAGCGGGCCGAGAUGGGAAACGUUCGGGCUGUUAUCUUUACUAUAGCUACCGAGAUACCAUGACACUCAAGCGGAUGAUUGAUAAGAAUGAAGGCAGCAGUGGCGAGCAGAAAGCUCGCCAGAAGCAUAUGCUUCGCAAUGUCGUGCAAUUCUGUGAGAAUCGCAGUGACUGUCGGCGAGUGCAAGUGCUUGCAUAUUUCAACGAAUACUUCCGCCGCGAGGAUUGCGCGAAUACCUGUGAUAAUUGCAGAUCCGACCUGGUGUUUGAGACGCAUGAUUUCAGUGAAUUUGCAUCUUAUGCGAUUAAGAUCGUCCGCAGCUUUCAAACCGAGCCGCGUGAGAAGGUCACUUUGCUCUACUGUGUUGAUAUUCUUCGAGGCGACUUGAAAAGACCAAAGGAUCCGUCUCAUCGAAACUUGCCUUGGUAUGGAAAGGCCUCGUCUCUUGAGCGAGGAGAAGCGGAACGUCUUUUCUACCGGUUGUUAGGUGAAGAUGCUCUUGCAGAGGAAAAUAUUAUGAAUGGGAAAAACUUCGCUGUUCAGUACAUAAUCCUUGGCCGACGAGCUACGGAAUACGAGUCUGGUCAGCGGCAGAUGAAAUUGCAGGUCCGUGUUUCGCCGAAAGGCAAGGCUUGUGCAGCAAAGCCAGCCGCGAAGGGGAAACCCGCCAGCCAAGGCUUUCCCCAAUCUACCAUGGUGUCUUCACCUAUUCAGUCUGCCAAUGAACGUCGCCAGGCGCGUACGAAGGCACAAACUUUUGAAUUUUCGGACGAUGACAGUGACGGAUUCGAGCCAAUAAGGGUCACGGGCAGAGCACAACGAGAGCAUGCCCGCCCACUGGGGCCACCGAUUACCGCAGACCAGCAGAUGGAUCACCUUGACCUUCUACAUCGGGCAGUGGUCGAAGAUUUCGAGGUCACCGCAAAGCGAUAUCUCCAAGACGUUGUUGUUGAAAAGGGCCUCCGGACACAGCCUUUCUCAGAUCACAUUCUCCGUACUAUGGCGAUCAAAUUUCCCAAAGACCUCACGGAGCUUUCUCAGAUCCCUGGCAUUGAUGUAGAUAAAGUCCGACGAUACGGCCGUCACAUCUUGAGACUUAUCGAUAAUGCUAAGCGCCGGUAUGAAGAGUUGAAGGACGAUGCCGAGUCCAAUGGUGUUGUCCCGGACCCCAACCAUCAUAACGUCAUCAACCUCAGCAGCAGCGACGAAUACAGCGAUGACGACCUUUUUGUGGAUACAGAACCCAACUUUGACCUUGAUCAUCCCAUGGAGGAACUCCCAGACAACAUCACUAGUCGAUACUUCCCCUCCCCCACCAUCGCCUGGGUACGAUCCUGA